AUGAGUGCCCUUGUGUCUGAUGCGCAGCAGCAACAACAGCAGCAGCAACAACAGCAGCAGCAACAGCCGCGAUGACGACGGUGAUAGCAGCAGGAUCGGGAGAAGAGGCAACAACAAAAUGAGCAACAACAACAAGAGCAACAACAACAGCAAGAACAAGAGAAACAACAGCAACGACAACAACAGAAACAACAACAGAAACAACAAGAGUCUCCAGUCGCUUCUAUACCUUGUGAGCAGAGCUUCGAGAGCGAGCAAAUCCUUCGGACGCAGCAGCAGCAGCAGCAGCAGGAGGAGAAGGAGCAGCAGCAGCAGCAGCAGCAGCAGCGGCAGCAGCAGCAGCAGCAG